GUUGGUUGGCACUUGUUUUUCGCAUUGCUUGUUAGUUUUAUAGGGUCAUUUUUGCCCUGCCUUCGUUUACUGCAGCUCGACAGCGGCUAUACACUUCAGUGUCAUACUGGGACGAUCAGUUUGCCUAUCGCCCUAACGUUUUAGUAACACGAGUACAAAGUUACUUCACCCGCCAUAGUUGCCGGCUAGCCACCUUUCCUUCACUUCCAUCCAGCCGGCGACCGCAACACCAGCAAAAUGGGGAUCCUCGAAAAAAUCAAGGAGAUCGAGUUGGAAAUGGCCCGAACACAGAAGAAUAAGGCCACCGAGUACCAUCUGGGUCAGCUGAAGGCGCGCCUAGCCAAGCUGCGAACCGAGCUGCAGGCGCCUGCCAGCAAGGGCGGUGGCGGGGAGAGCGGGUUUGAGGUGCAAAAGUACGGAGAUGGGCGUGUGGCGCUGAUCGGCUUCCCCUCCGUGGGUAAGUCCUCGCUGCUGACCCUGCUGACGGGCACGGAGAGCGAGGCGGCCGCCUACGAGUUCACCACGCUGACCUGCAUCCCGGGGGUGAUCCACUACAACGACUCCAAGAUCCAGCUGCUGGAUCUGCCGGGAAUCAUCGAGGGGGCGGCGGAGGGGAAGGGGCGCGGCAGGCAGGUUAUCGCGGUGUGCAAGAGUGCUGACCUGCUGCUCAUGGUGCUGGACGCAACCAAGCCGCUCUACCACAAGCAGAUCCUGACCCGUGAGUUGGAGGCAGUGGGCAUCCGCCUGAACCGCUCGCCCCCCAACAUCUACUUCAAGAAGCGCAAGACCGGCGGCGUGUCCAUCAACUCCACUCUGCCGCUCACGCAGCUGGACGACAAACUCAUUCAGCGGGUGCUGCAGGAGUACAAGCUGCACAACUGCGAGCUGCUGUUCAAGGAGGACUGCAGCGUGGACGACCUGAUCGACGUCAUCGAGGGCAACCGCCGCUACAUCAAGUGCCUGUACGUGUACAACAAGGUGGACAUGUGCAGCAUCGAGGAGGUGGCCGACAUCGCGCACUGGCCCAACUCCAUCCCCAUCUCCUGCUCGCUGCGACUCAACCUGGACGGGCUGCUGGAGAGGAUCUGGGAGAUGAUGGCACUGGUCCGCGUGUACACCAAGAAGGUGGGCGCCAAGCCCGACUUCGCGGACCCCGUGGUGCUCACCUGCGACCGCGGCGGCACCACCCUGGAGGCGCUGUGCAGGCAGAUCCACAACAGCAUGGUGUCCCAGUUCAAGUACGCGCUGGUGUGGGGCACCAGCUCCAAGCACUACCCGCAGCGCUGCGGGCUGAGCCACCCGCUGGAGGACGAGGACGUGGUGCAGAUCGUGAAGAAGAAGGUCAACACGGGCGAGGACGGGCGGGGGAGGUUCAAGACCACCAGCGACAAGCCGCUGCGGAUAGCGGACCGCGAGAAGAAGCCGGCGCUGAAGACGUGAGGAGCAGGAGGAGGGGGG